AGAAAGAAAGAAUAAUGAUACUUUCACGUGGCAAAACGGACUCGGCGAGCUCUAGGCAUUUGGCCAGUGGCGGUGGCAUGCAACAGCAGCGGAAAGCAGCAGCACCCGCCACGCUGGAGGAUUUUAUCAUGCGUCGUGACUACACAGGUGCCAGAGCCUAUCUAGAGUACGCCAAUGAUGAACAGGAGGAGGAGGAGGCAGCAGCAGCAGCAGCAGCAAGUGGCACAGCAGAGAAGUUGCAACAACAAUUGCAAAUUGAACAAUGGAUGGCCUAUUGCAAUUUUCAUUUGGGCGACUAUCAGCAGGCGCUCAAUCAAUAUCAGGCCAUCAAACAACGACAAACAGCGCCAGAGCCAGAGCCAGAGCCAGAGCACUUCGAUUUGAACAUAGCCGUGUGCAUGUUUUAUUUGGGACUGUACGAGGAGGCACAGCAGCUAAUGGCGAGCAUAGCCAGCACGUCGCCGCUCAAGCAACGCUUGCUUUUCCAUUUGGCACACAAGCUGGCCAACGAUCAGCAGUGGGCCGAGCUGCUGGAAACGCUGCUAGACACAAAAAGCGUCGAGCAGCAGCUCAGCCUGGCCUCGAUGCAUUAUAUGCGCGCACAUUAUCAGGAGGCCAUUGAUGUCUACAAGCGCGUGCUGGUGGACAACAAGGACUACAUGGCCAUCAAUGUGUAUUUGGCCUUGUGCUUCUACAAACUGGACUACUACGACAUGUCGCAAGAGGUGCUGGACGUGUAUAUUAAUCAGCAUGGCGAUAGCACCAUUGCCAUCAAUUUGAAGGCCUGCAAUCGCUUUCGCCUGUUCAACGGGCGCGUGGCCGAGCAGGAGAUUAAGAACAUAGCAGAUAAUGGCACUUUUGGUGCGGAUCUUAUACGCCACAAUCUCGUGGUAUUUCGCAAUGGCGAAGGUGCGCUGCGUGUGCUGCCUGCGCUGCUUAAUAUAGUUCCCGAGGCGCGUCUAAAUCUGGUCAUAUACUAUGUGAAGCAGGGUGAGGUGCAAGAGGCGCAUGCGCUGAUGAAGGAACUGCAGCCCACCUCGCCACACGAGUAUAUACUCAAGGGUGUGGUGCAUGCAGCGCUGGGACAGCAGCUGGGCUCGAAGGAGCACAUAAAGACGGCCCAGCAGAAUCUGCAUCUGGUGGGCAGCUCGGCCACGGAAUGCGACACCAUACCAGGUCGCCAGAGCAUGGCUUCGGCUUUCUUUCUCUACGAGCAGUUCGAGGAGGUGCUGGUCUAUAUGAACUCCAUACGCAGCUACUUUGUGAGCGAUGAUGUAUUCAACUAUAACUUUGCCCAAGCCAAGUGCGCCACGGGCUACUACAAAGAGGCCGAGGAGCUGUUGCUGCAAAUCAAUGAUAUGGACAUCAAGAAUCAGCAUACAUACUGCAUGAUCCUGGCCAAGUGUCACAUACACUGUGGACAUCCAGAACUGGCCUGGAAUGUAUUCAUUACCAGGGAUACCAAUGCGGAGGCGUUUAUCCUAUUGCAGCUGAUUGCCAACGAGUGCUACAAGUGCGAGGAGUUUUGGGUAGCAGCCAAAGCAUUUGAUAUGCUUGAGAAACUCGAUCCAAGUCCGGAGAACUGGGAGGGCAAACGUGGUGCUUGUGCGGGCGUGCUCUAUGCACUGGCCACUAAAUCACAGCGUGGACGUCCUGGUGGUGGCGUCUCUGAGGUCAUAGGCCUGCUGCGUGAAUCCUCGAAUACGCAGGCGGACGGGAUGAUUAAGACCAUAAGAAAGCACAUAAACAGCUUUAAAUAA